UCAUUCCUUGGUACUGCGUAUUUUCUUUGCAGGAGCCCUGCCGGCGGCGGGAGUAAAAUAGUAGUCCAAUUGCUCAUUUCUUCUUCUCGAAUUGAUAUGUACUAUUAUUAUUAAAGGAAAAGGUUUUUUUUUUAUUUAUUCGAAAAGAAAAGUCAAUGGGUUGCACCAGCUCCAAGCUCGACGACUUGCCGGCGGUGGCCCUCUGCCGGGAGCGUUGCGCUUUCUUGGACGAAGCCAUCCACCAGCGCUACGCCAUGGCCGAGGCUCACGAAGCUUAUCUCCACUCCCUUCAAUCAGUCGGUGCCUCGCUGCACCGCCUCUUCAAUCUGGAUCUCGAUGCUUCUUUUUCUUCUUCCGAUGGACCCCCCUCCUCUCCCCCUCUCAAAGCCGACAUCAAGCCCCCUCACGCUCACGCUGCCGUUUAUCAUCACCACUCCAGCUCUGGCUCCCACCUUCACUUCCACUCCGAUUCAGAAGACGACGACGAAUGUUCCCAUAGCGACUCUUUGCACCACCACCACCACCACCAAGCUUUGGGACAGCUUCUUCCAAGAUGUUGCACGCAUUUACUCCUUCCUUGUUUGUGUUGUCAUCACAACCUUCUACAUCAAAAGGUGCCGGAGGUGACAAGUCUGAUCCUGCUUUAUUUAAUGUAGAAGGAGAAGUAAGUUCUUUAAGGUCCAAAAGUCUUUCUUCUACCUUACAAAAGCUCUAUCUUUGGGAGAAGAAACUAUAUGAAGAAGUUAAGGUUGAGGAGAAAAUGCGGGUAAUUCAUGAUAAGAAAAGUCAAAGAUUGAAGCGACUAGCUGAAAAGGGUGCUGAGACUCACAGAGUAGAUGUGACAAGAACUCUGGUUAGGAGCCUUUCAACAAAAAUCCGAAUUGCAAUUCAAAUUGUUGAUAAGAUUUCUGAGAAGAUAAAUAAAUUGAGGGAUGAAGAGUUGUGGCCCCAACUUAAUGAAUUCAUACUAGGGUUAACCAAGAUGUGGAAAUCCAUGCUUGAGUGCCAUCAGAAUCAGUGCCAUGCAAUUGUGGAAGCCAAACGAUUGGAUGCCAUUGCACAUAAAAAACAGUUUAGUGAUGCUCAUCUGGAAGCCACUUUGCACCUUGAGCACGAUCUCCUAAACUGGACUCUAAGGUUCUCUUGCUGGAUAAGUGCCCAGCGAGGUUAUAUCAGAGCACUGAAUCACUGGCUUAUGAAAUGCCUACUUUACGUUCCUGAAGAAACACCUGAUGGAAUAGUUCCAUUCUCUCCUGGUAGAAUAGGUGCUCCCCCUGUGUUUGUUAUCUGUAAUCACUGGGCACAAUCGUUGGAAAGGUUGUCUGAGAAAGAAGUUGUGGACAGUAUGCGUGAUUUUUCCACAAAUGUCCUUCACCUGUGGGAACGAGAUAAGCUAGAAAUGCGCCAUAGAGUGAUGAAUGAUAAUAAUAUGGAGAGAAAGAUGAAGAACCUUGAAAGGGAGGAUCAGAAGAUAAAAAAAGGGAUUUCCGCAUUAGAAAGAAAGAUUUUGGCUUCUGGGGAGGAAAAUGCUCUGUCGAUGAUGAGCAAGCAGGCCAUUUACCAGAAUGACACUUGCAAAAAUAGUAGCCUUCAGGCUGGUCUACAUCAUAUCUUUGAGGCCAUGGAGAGAUUUGCUGCAAACUGCUUGAAAGUGUACGAGGAGUUGUUGCAGCGCAUUGAAGAGGAUAAUCUUGCGCAUGAGCACAACAGAGAGUCAUAGCUAUAUGUAUGCCUUCAGAAGAGUUUGGAAAGACCAUUUUUGGGUAUCAAAGUAACUUCAGCAGAUGCUUUCAUUGUAAAUCAAAUGGAGUAUUGUAACUCUUGUCUUUUUUCGGCUAACUAUAUCAUAUCAUGGGUGCCUGGCAGCUUGGUCUUUUUUUUAUUCCUUUCCUUUCCGCUGCUUGCCUGAAGAAUUGAUUUGAUCCUCAGGUCUUCAAUCAUGAGUUCCCUUCAGUGGUUCGCAAGCAGUGGCAUGCACACCUUUGGACGGGCCAGGGAAGUUUUUCCUACAAAAUUUGAAACUAGCAAAACAUGAACAGAACUUCCCGGCCUGAUGAAUACAGCUCCCUCCCUACCUGAAUGCAACUCCACCAGUUUUUCCUUUGGUUUUCUUCUUCCGAACUUCCCUAUGGUCGUGUGUGAUGCUAAAUUUGUUUCAUGUAAUUGAAAGGUAAAGUUUUCCUUUCGAGUAGAGUCUAGAUUCAGUUUAUAAUUUUCUUGCUUAUUGAACUUGUACAGUUUUUUUUUUUAAUUAGCUAACUGAAACAUCUUUAGCGAUUUAUAAUGUUUAUGUAAUAAUGUGUUAGGAAUAUAGAGCCUAGUUAUAAUGUCUUACAAAUGUACUCCUCCGUAGGUUGGUUGGGCUCAAGAAGCAUAUAUGACAAUAAAUUUGGGAUGCUUUG